UGAAUUUUCGAAAGGCGAGCAAAGGUGUAAACCUACCACCAGAGAAUGAUGCGGCAAAAGAUGAAAGAAGGUCCAAAAUCACAUGCCGGACGUCCAGGACUAAAGGCAGGAGCGGGUCGUCUGUCUCCAGGAAGACGUUUGUUGCUUUGCCUCCGCUAUCGCAUGACGGUGAGAGCGGUUGGUCCACAUUGGAUCAGGUCCACAAUGUGGACGAAGAAGUUGAGCUCAAACAUGAAUCAAGCAAAGCCCAAGAACUAACCGAGGAGUUCCUGUUUAGUGCAGAUAAAGUCAAACAUCCAGAGUUGGAAGAUGUGAUCUCUAAACCACAGCGCAAAAUGAAGACCAAUUCUGCGGGCAGUCAGAAGUUGAGAUGCAGAGGGACAUUUGUUGUCUCGGCGGACAAGGAUCACACCUCAUCAAUCGGUGCGUCACCAGAAGUAAUCGCCGUGGAGCCGGACAUGAUGCCUUUUACAGGAUCCUCCAACUCUGAGGCAGAAGAACCGCCGACAGUCAUGGACGCAGGUGUCGUUCUGAAACCUUCAGAAUCAAACCUGCACAGCGAUGGCGCCUUGGUCAAGGAAACACCGAGCUCCCGUAAGCGUCAUUGGCUGGUCACUCUGGAUUCAGGUAGUAGCAAUGAUUACCAUGAAGUACCGCCGCCGGACCAAGACGGCACUUCAGGAACAGAGUCUCAGAAACCCAAGAAAGUCAGGAGAGAGGAAACGAGUGGAUCCAGUAAGAAGAAAGCUGCGCAGAGGGAGGAGUGCGUUGAUCCCUUAAAAGAUGAGAAGAAGACGAGAAGUAGCCGUAGCAACAAAAGAUUUAGAUCUGAGGAUGAAGAGUGUUCUCUCGAGGAAGCAGACGAUGGCUCGUCUCUCCGUGGAGUCGAUGGUCCCGAGAGGAACAAAGAACAAAUGGAUGUUUUACAAGCGGCUGACUCGCAGUCUUGCAGCAGUGACGAGGAUGAAGUCUAUGAACAUUUAUUUAAUUCAAAACCCAGCGAGUCAAAGUCCAAGACGCCUCAGAAGCCAAAGCGGUGCAGAAAGACUCCGAAGCUGCUUCCGCCCACAGAAAGCAGAAACCUAAGGGAAACAUUUGUUGUCUUCAGGCGGAAAACUCAAGAUAAUGUCCCUCUGAGCAACUGGAGGACGUCUGGCGUGUCGCUCAGUCACACGGUGGACACCAGUGAGGAGGCAGUUCAUCAGAAUGUGGGAGACCUGCUGGCGGAGGAACUGCCUCCAUGGCUGGACAUGGACUCUUUACUCGUCAGUCCCAGGAGGGAGACAUCAGGCCGGGCGGCAGGGGUGGAGGAGUCUGCUGGCACAACUGAAGCUUCUCCAGGAAGAGUCUUAACAUCGCUGACCAACACCAUCACAACCCCAGUGAAUGAAAAUGGAGGAAGAAGCAGGAGGAGAAAAGGUGUCGUCAGCUAUAAGGAGCCGACCAUCAACAGUAAAAUGAGACGUGGAGAUAAAUUCACGGACAGCGAGUUUCUGCGUUCUCCAGUUUAUAAAGACAAGAAGAAGAAGAAGAAGCAGAAGAAGACCAAUGCAAAGUUGGACAGAUCUGUUUUGGUGGACUAAUUAUUAUUUCCCCUUUUUUUUUUACCUGGUUUAUUUUUAAAUUGUUGGAUUUAUUAAUCUUAAUAAAAACUUUAUUGAUCCGUC